AUGAAGCGCAGAUCAGAUCAAGUUGACGAUUUGGAGGUCGCUGAAAAAGGCAAACGGCGAGCACCGAGCCACCAAGAUCGCUUUCGAGAAGGGCUGUUUGGCGGAUCUGUCUUGGACGAAUAUAGAAGGAGCUAUGCCACCUCUAAGCCAUACCGUCACGGCGUCAUCCAAAGCCUCAUCUCUCCCGCACUCCUUCGCAGCGUGCGCUCCGAAAUCCAGAACCUUUCCUUCACUCCCAAAGAAACGGACAUCUACAAGAUCCACCAAUCUGGGGACUUGGCAAAUCUUGAUGGCCUGGAUGACUCCUCUCUCAAGCUUCUGCCUUCACUACUCACACUCCGCGAUGCCAUGUACUCCUCAGAUUUCCGGGAGUACCUAUCCACCGUUACAGACUCUGAUACACCUUGGAAGGAAGAGUGGGGCGGCGCAUUGCGCUUGUAUCCCACACAAACCUACACUGAGGACGAUGGAGAGGUCACCAAGGUCCCAAGUCCGGAUUAUAGUGUCUCGAUACCGCCGGCAUUCAACCAAUUGAGCUUCUUUGCCGUGCAGCCAGGCGAAAGCUUUCACGAUGUACAGGAGGUCUACGCUGAGGAUGAGGAGAUAGAUAAAGAGAAGGCCGGUGGGAGGGCCAGAAUGGCAAUAAGUGGAUGGUACCACAUACCACAAGAAGGUGAAGAUGGUUACGUCGAGGGUUUAGAAGAACGGCUGGCGGACAAGAGCAGCCUCAUGCAAUUACAAGGCAAAGGAGACAAGUAUGAGCUUCCAAAAUCGAAUUUCGAGCUCUACAAGAAGUCUGCAGAGAGCAGUGGCGACAUUGGUCUACCGACCCCAUCGUCACAGGAGGACCCUGCUCUUUCGGAAGAGGACCUCAAUUUCCUCCUAAAGUAUAUCGCUCCCACGUACCUUACGCCAGAUACCCUCGAAUCAGUCUCCGGGAUUUUCGCUGAGGAGUUUUCCCUUUGUCUUGAUACCUUCCUAUCCCACAAGUUCUCUGACUCAGUCCGGGACUACAUUGAAUCUCAGGAAUCGCAGACACUACCAAGCGAGUCCACCGAAAUUGAGAAAACGACAUCAUGGGCUGUUGCCAGGCCGCCACACAAGCAUCAUUUUCUUUUCCAAAAAGCUAGCUCAAGCGAGCGCCGAGAAUCUCCGCUUCUUGACUUGCUAGAAGAUCUUUUGCCUUCUGAAGCUUUCCAGAAGUGGCUUUCUCUUGCGACAGGCCAGACUGUUAUGUCACAUAAUUUACUUGUUCGGCGUUUUCGGCGAGGACGGGAUUACACGCUUGCUACUGGGUAUGAGGAACACGCCCCGCGUAUCGAGCUUUGUCUGUCCAUUACGCCUACUUCCGGAUGGGGAGAUGACGAGAAUGCUGAGUCAGAGAAAGAUAAUAAUAAGGAAGUCGCAGUCAAGGAAAAAGAUGAAGCUGAGGAAAUCACUACCACAGCGGACGAGCCUAGUGUAGGCGGCUACCUCGCCUACAUGGCCGGCGAAGAUGAGGACGACCCUGACCAUGACGAAGGGGGCAGCGACCAUGGUGUCGAAGUUCCGUUCGACAUGAGCACUGGAGCUCGGUCCACAAGAGCCGCUAACCCUAAGAAGUCAAAGCAAGAUCCAGCCAUCUACCAAGCCAGCGGCGACGAUGACGAGGAUGGCGUCCUUUUCAGUAUGCCCGCGGGCUGGAAUCGUCUGGGUAUAGUCUUGAGGGACAAAGGAACCAUGCGCUUCGUCAAGUAUGUGAGCCGGAUGGCGAAGGGUGAUAGAUGGGAUUUGGUUGGAGAAUUCGACGUUCUCGACGAUGAGAGCGACGAGGAAGAUGAUGAAGGCAAAGUAAAUGAGACAGGGGUUAGGAGUGAAGCUGAUGAUGGAACUCAUGAAGAUGAGGAUGAUGAUGACAGUGAUGACAAUCAUGAAGAUUCUUCUACUGAGCAUAGUGAUUAG